CAUGUGGCUGCUGCAGUAAAAUGUGGUCCACAGAAUGUACAUUUGCUUUACGUUAAUUCCUAACUCUUUACAAAUAACACAAGAAUAUAACAAUGACAAACAUUGACAAGCAGAAGAACAUCUGAACAAUCCCAAACCAGCGACUGGACCUCGGGCAUUUCCGGUCUGUUGCUGGGAGACAGCGCGCGGAUCUGUCCCGGUUUCCGAUGGCGGAGGAAGCGCAGGGGCAGGUGCAGGGCUGUCCGUCAAUGGUCGAUCGCUACUUCAGCCGCUGGUAUAAAACGGAUGUGAAAGGCAAACCCUGUGAAGAUCAUUGUAUAUUACAACAUUCUAAUAGGAUAUGUGUCAUCACUCUGGCAGAAUCUCACCCUGUGUUACAGAGUGGGAAAAUAAUAAAAAAUAUUAGCUAUCAGAUCAGUGCCAACUGUAGUCGACUACAAAACAAGGUCUCAGGAAAAUCUAAACGGGGUGGACAGUUUCUAACAGAACUUGCCCCAUUGUGCAGGAUACAGUGUACAGAUGGGGAGGAGUACACAAUAUAUAGUUGUAUCAGAGGACGUUUAUUGGAAGUAAAUGAAAAUAUUCUCCAGGAGCCCAGCCUUCUACAAGAAAAGCCCUCUACAGAAGGAUAUAUUGCUGUUGUAUUACCCAAGUUUGAAGAAAGCAAAAAUAUAACCCAAGGUUUAAUUAACCAGGAGCUGUAUCAAGAUGUUAUUUCAAAGAGACACAAGGCAGCAGAAGAAUUGGAAAUACUGACCUCAACAGUCUAGGCCCGGCAUCUCUUAGCAAUUGUAAUUCCUAAGUAGUUGUUACAGCUGAUUUUUUUUACUUCAGAUAGAAAAUAAAAGCAGCAAUGUGCUUUAAUUAUAAGCAAAUUGUGUUUGAAUUGAUGAUAUAUGUGCUGGUGAAUCAAUGGUGUCUUCCCCUUGGGCAACUGGGAGUGCUUUUUAAGAGAAAAUUAAUUUCCCUCAGCCCAAUCCUCACUGAAAAUAUACUGCUUAAAACAUAAGUUAAAAUCAAAUCAGUGUUGGCAGUUGAAUUAUUGUAUUACCUGUUUUUUGCUAGAAAUAUCAGAUUAAAGCUGUUAUUUUUACAUUUAAAUCUGCCUAGUGUGGUUCGAGUGGUUCAAAAUAAUUAAACUCAAUACAUUUACAAAGUUCUCAAAGUAGAGUGUUAUGUGCAAUGUGAAGGAUUGUUGCUGUUUAAUAUGACAUUUAAAUGGAAAACACUGAUGAAGUAGUAAAAAUGUCAUUCAGAAAUGAGAUCUUUAUUUCUGAAGACUUCACUAAAUCAUAAGUGUUUGCUAGAUACCCUAAAUUCUAUUAGAUUAAUGGAAAUAGUGUGCAGUCAGGAUUGAACCCAUUCUAUUCAUGAGGUAAUUUGAAAUUAUGUACUUGAAACUUAUUAGAAUAACUAAGGUUUCAUGUUUAUUUGAUUCUAAUAAAGACUUCAAAAAAAGUUUAUUCUGAUUACAGUA